UUGACGAAAUUCUGUAAUCUCAGGCGAAAUGACGUCCGUCACUAUGGACCCUCGCGUACCCAUUGCCCAAACUCGUCGUCUCCGACAACUUUUCCACACUUAAAAGACUCGCUUCUCGGUGAUGGGCAACAUCCUAGAGAUCGAGCUGCCGCGGACUUUGCCAGCGUGACAUCUACAGCUCGCCGUUCGAGGGUUUCCUCUAGCUCUUCCUCAUCAUGUUCUAUGCCACAACUUCCAUCACCACCAAAGCAUCCCCAGCUCCUUAAAACGAUGCUUUGCGACUUCUGGAGACGUGGAGAAAUCUGUAGAUACGAGCCGAACUGUUGGUUUGCACAUGGGCCGACGCAACUUCGAACAGCGAACGACAACCUUCCCACUUUUAACGAAGUUUCCGCUCUAUCGAAUGGUUUGAUUGCUGGACAGUUUACGUUGGAUUCUUUGAAUCAGUUAACACCGGAACAGCAACAGUGGAUGAUUCUAUCACAACAAGGGCAUGGCUUUCCUCCACCAUCCCAGAGCGAUCUACCGGCGGCUGUCCGUACAUGCGAGGAACUCGAAAGAGAGCAGACUCUAUACUGUCAACUACGUGCCAUGAGCAGAGCAGUAGAGCAUGUGUCGCCGUCUACUUCUGGUGUAGAUUCUUUACCUUCUUCGGGACCACCCAGUCCCAGUUUCAGUGGUGCUUUCUUUUCAUCAGCUAUUGAUAAAUCUAUUAGAGAUCAGGCUCUAUCUGCAUUAACUGCUAUGGUCAGCAGAGGACUGCCAUCAGCAACCCAGGAUUAUUAUGUCAACUCUGCGAAGUUCAGGAGGAAUGCCCAUUGCACCAAUAUGGCUGCUGUCCCUUCAAGGAAGAUUGUUUUUUUGAGCACACAGACAUGA